AUGGCGGCUCUCACUGACUCUGAUCGGGAGGGUCCUAACCGGUGAGCCCUGCCUCACCUUUUCGGGCAUGGCCGAUGUGGAGGUGUCGUUUGCGGAAGCCCAACAGACGCAGUCUCUUUCGAAGAGCAUCGAUCUGGACCAGCACACACUGCCGCACCACCAGCACCUGCCGCACCACCACAACAGCCACCACAGCAACCAGCAGCGGGCGCAUCUGAACGAUUACAAGGAGAAUAGCGAACUGUGCAACAUUCAGCGGGCGGCGGCCUCUUCCUUGGAAGUUACACGGGAGAUUCGUUGGCGUGACCAUCAAAGUGCCAGCCUGUGUGGAUCUCGCCAAGAAGCAGGGCACCUGCGAUCCUUUUGUGGUCUGCACCGCCCACUACAGCAACAAGCAGCAGGUGACGCGACGGACCAAGCAGCGCAAGAAGACCAUUGAUCCGGAGUUCGACGAGGCCAUGUACUUUGAUCUCCAUAUCGAUGCCGAAGCGGGCAGCACAAACACCACAGCGAGUAAUAAGAGCACCGGUUCCCUGGAAUCCCCGGCCAACAAGGGCUACGCCAUACCCCCGCAGGGCGGAGCGGAUCUGGUGGAGAUAGUGGUGAGCAUUUGGCACGAUGCCCAUGAAGCGAUGUCCGAUAAAGUAUUCCUCGGCGAAGUGCGGCUUCCAAUGCGCAAUAAGCAGGAGCAGCAGGCGGUUUCCCCAUCGGCCUGGUAUUACCUGCAGCCCCGCUCCAUGACGCACAGAGGCUAUGUGGAGCGGGUUUUUGAGGCGAUCGCAAAGUGUGCGGGUAAGCAUUUCCCCAGCAAUCGAGAGGUGCGAUACUCCGUGGUGUCCGGCUUCAUCUUCCUGUGCUUCUUUGCACCGGCGAUUCUGAGACCCAAGCUCUUCGACCUGACUACCGAGCGCCUGGGCAUGGCCGAUGUGGAGGUGUCGUUUGCGGAAGCCCAACAGACGCAGUCUCUUUCGAAGAGCAUCGAUCUGGACCAGCACACACUGCCGCACCACCAGCACCUGCCGCACCACCACAACAGCCACCACAGCAACCAGCAGCGGGCGCAUCUGAACGAUUACAAGGAGAAUAGCGAACUGUGCAACAUUCAGCGGGCGGCGGCCCCUUCUUGGAAGUUACACGGGAGAUUCGUUGGCGUGACCAUCAAAGUGCCAGCCUGUGUGGAUCUCGCCAAGAAGCAGGGCACCUGCGAUCCUUUUGUGGUCUGCACCGCCCACUACAGCAACAAGCAGCAGGUGACGCGACGGACCAAGCAGCGCAAGAAGACCAUUGAUCCGGAGUUCGACGAGGCCAUGUACUUUGAUCUCCAUAUCGAUGCCGAAUAUCCGCAGGGCGGAGCGGAUCUGGUGGAGAUAGUGGUGAGCAUUUGGCACGAUGCCCAUGAAGCGAUGUCCGAUAAAGUAUUCCUCGGCGAAGUGCGGCUUCCAAUGCUCAAUAAGCAGGAGCAGCAGGCGGUUUCCCCAUCGGCCUGGUAUUACCUGCAGCCCCGCUCCAUGACGCACAGAGGCUAUGUGGAGCGGGUUUUUGAGGCGAUCGCAAAGUGUGCGGGUAAGCAUUUCCCCAGCAAUCGAGAGGUGCGAUACUCCGUGGUGUCCGGCUUCAUCUUCCUGUGCUUCUUUGCACCGGCGAUUCUGGGACCCAAGCUCUUCGACCUGACUACCGAGCGCCUGGAUGCCCAGACGAGUCGCACGCUGCCCCUAAUCUCCAAGACGAUCCAAUCGCUGGGUAACCUGGUCAGCUCCCGGUCAUCGCAACAGGAGUGCAAGGAAGUGUUCACCGUCGAGCUGUACAAGAAGUUCUGCACAAGGCAGCAUGUUGAUGCGGUAAAGCACUUUCUAGAGGUGAUCUCCACGCCCAGCCAGGCGAGCAGCAGCGUUCAUCCGGCGGCGUCGGCGACGCCACUGCAACCAGUAUUACUUAGAGGGAUUGUACACAACGAUCGCUCGCUGAUUGUGCAGACAACGAACUGCGUGGAGGAACGCGAGUGGUUCGACCUGCUGCACAAGAUCUGUCUGAUGAACUCUAUCCGGAUGCAGUACUUCCAUCCCUCGGCCUUUGUCAGUGGCUUCUACAGCUGCUGCGGCCGCUCGGAUGAGAAUUCCCCUGGCUGCAAGAACGUGUCGGACAAGGAGAUGGACUACUUCCAGAUGGAUUUUGUAACGGCCCUGGAUCCACCGCUCGAUCUGCAGCGCAUCCACACGCUGAUCAUGUCGAACAUGAGUGUGCUGGAUUCUCUGUUAGAUCUCACCUACCACCAGCAUCUGCCGCAGACGGCAAUGCUCAAUAAGCAAGAGCAGCUUAGUCGUUAAGUUUGAUAAAUUGUGAAUAUAAAAGGGCAUGGCCGAUGUGGAGGUGUCGUUUGCGGAAGCCCAACAGACGCAGUCUCUUUCGAAGAGCAUCGAUCUGGACCAGCACACACUGCCGCACCACCAGCACCUGCCGC